AUGGAUCUUCUCAAAGAAGAGCUUCUCAAGAAGCGGCAAAGCUUAGCUCAGGAAACCGGCGGCAGGCGCGUAUUUAAACGCUCCGAGAUUGAGCAGAAGCAAAUCCAGAAGCUUCGCGAGCAAGAAAAACGCGAACUCGAAGCUAAAUCUCGCCGUCAAUCGAACGCCUCUUCCUCCGCUGCGAACGACGCUUCCGCUAAAUCCAAUCCUUCCGCUUCCAGUACUGUCUCUGCGACCGCGACUUCCGCCGCCGGUUCUUCCAAAUCCCUCACCGAUGAACGAAAUAUCGAUGACCUCGACCUUCCGAAGCAAGAAGUCAUUCGCCGACUUCGGUUCCUCAAACAGCCUGUCACUCUUUUUGGGGAAGACGAUGCGGCUCGUCUCGACAGGUUGAAGUACGUCUUAAAAGCUGGACUUUUCGAAGUCGAUAGCGAUAUGACCGAGGGUCAAACUAAUGAUUUCUUGAGAGACAUAGCGGAGUUGCGGAAGCGGCAGAAGACGGGGAUCGUGAGCGAGAGGAAGAGGAAGGAUAGGGAGGAAGGUGGUGGAGGAGAGGACGGGGAUGGAGGCGGCGGAGAAGAAGAGCUGAGUGGUGAUGGUGGAUCAAGCGGAGUCGAUAUGGACAAGGACUUGAAAAGAAUGAAGGCGAAUUUCGAUGAGUUGUGUGGUGAAGAUAAGAUUCUGGUGUUUUUCAAGAGGUUGUUGAAUGAGUGGAAUCAAGAGCUGGAUGAGAUGGGUGAGGCUGAGAAAAGGACGGCGAAAGGCAAGUCCAUGGUCGCCACGUUUAAGCAGUGCGCUCGUUAUUUGAAUCCCUUGUUCAAGUUUUGUAGGAAGAAGGUUCUUCCCGAUGAUAUCCGUCAAGCAUUAUUGGUGGUGGUUGAGUGUUGCAUGAAGCGGGACUACCUAGCCGCAAUGGACCAGUACAUUAAAUUGGCUAUCGGUAAUGCACCCUGGCCAAUUGGUGUCACUAUGGUUGGUAUCCACGAACGUUCAGCUCGUGAGAAGAUCUACACCAACAGUGUUGCACACAUAAUGAAUGACGAGACAACUCGGAAAUACUUGCAAUCAAUCAAAAGAUUGAUGACCUUUUGUCAACGCCGUUACCCUACACUCCCAUCUAAAGCAGUCGAGUUCAACAGCUUGGCCAACGGUAGUGACUUACAGUCACUGCUCGCAGAAGAGAAGUUUUCUGGGGGUUAUUCUUCAGAGGAAAGGCUUAGGUUAAUGCCUGCUCCAAAGGAAAACUAGAUAUCAAUUUACAUAAUGUUUGAUGUUAUAUGUAACAUUAUAUUAUAUACUCCAAUGUUUUAACUGACAUUGAUAUUAACUUAAAUUCCAUAUUAUUGCGUUCUCA